CUGUGGAGGAGGCGGUGGCGGGUGCGAGGCACCUGCGGCUGGGAGGGGGCGGGGCGGCUGCCGCGGCGGCGGCACGGCCGUUGCGAGCCGCCUCGAGCCUCUUCCCUGGCCGCGGCGGCGGCUGUGAGGGAGGGUCAUGGGGAAGGGCGCGGCGGGGCGGGCGGCGAUGGAGGAGCCGCUGUGCUGCUGCGAGUACGUGGACCGGAGGGGCGAGAGGAACCACCUGGCGGCGUGCUGCUGCGACUGCCAGGACCUGGACGAGGGCUGCGAGAGGUGGCUAACGGGCAAAUCCUUGUCCCCGGGAACUCUGGAAAGAAUUGCGGACACCGUGGCGGACCGGGUGCGGAUCCCUUGGUUCGCAGGGGCUGUGAAGAUCAACAUUAGUCUUGUGCCGCCCCUGGUUCUGCUGCCUGUCCUGCUCCACGUUGCUGCUCUGCACUUCCUGCUGGGGCUCCUCAUCUUGACAUCUCUGCCCGUAGUGGUGCUGUGGUACUAUUACCUCACUCACAGGAGGAAGGAACGGACCCUCUUCUUUUUGAGCCUGGGGCUCUUCUCUUUAGGCUACAUGUACUACGUGUUCCUGCAGGAAGUGGUUCCCCGAGGCCACGUGGGAUAUUCCCAAGUGGUCACUCUCACGUGUGGGUUAAUUCUUAUGCUUGUAGCCUUGUCUCGAGCCAAGAAGGAUCCCGGCUACCUUCCCAUCUUACCAAGCAAUAAGAGGGCAUUGCACCAGGGUUUGCCUGAGUGCAACAAGAGUGUUAAAGGGAGCUCCAAUGGGCUGCAUAGUGUCACCACGGCAGGAGCUGCCAGUAGCCGUGCUGUGAAUGGGGAGGCCAAAGGCUAUUCUAGGAUGUCAGCUGAAGAGCUGGAAGGUGUGAAAAAGGACUGGUGCACUAAAUGCCAGCUAGUCAGGCCAGCACGAGCUGGGCACUGCCGGCUUUGUGGCAGGUGUGUGAGGAGACUGGAUCAUCACUGUGUCUGGAUUAACAGCUGUGUAGGGGAGCAGAACCACCAAGCAUUCAUCCUUGCCCUCUCCUUCUUCAUGCUCACUGCGGUGUACGGGAUUACACUGACCCUGCACACCAUCUGUAGGGGCCGAACUCCAUUUAUGGCAUUGUUCUACUGCCCUGGGGCCUAUUCUGACUACAGCUCUGCUCUGUCGUUCACCUGUGUGUGGUACUGUGCCAUUGUAACAGCUGGCAUGGGAUACAUCCUCCUUAUCCAGCUGUUGAACAUCAGCUACAACGUGACCGAGAGGGAAGCUCGUCUGGCUCUGCGGGACAACACUGGGCGCCGGCUCCUGGGGGGGUUAGUGAUAGACACUGGCCAGUAUAACAGGGGCUUCCUAUGCAACUGGGGCCAUUUCUUGAGCCUGGGGUCUUCUCUUCCACGGCGCUCUGCUGAGGACAUUGUGUGACACCUCUCUUUCUACAGAUGGCAUUGACUGACUUUCUUAAGUGGGGGAAUGACCCCUUCCACUAGCACUCCCUCUUCCCACACCCUUCCUUCGUGGUUGGUGUAUGGGCUGCCUGUCCUGUAACUGACAGCACCAGAGGCUUUCCCAGGCAGAAUGGUUCUUCAUGUGCUGGCAGCCAGCAAUAGUAUGCAGAAAGCAGUAAGCCAUAUGCACAAACCUGGAGAGAAGGGGCCUGCUGCCUUUUUCCAUUGUGGGAAACUUUGUCCAGCUGAGCUCGGCAGGAAGAAGAGCACAAGGUUUUGAGAACUUGGGGUUUUCAUUGGGUGUAAACCCUGGCAUCAAGAGGAACCUGCUGCUGGACUUCAGAGCGUGCAUUGAUUCCUGCAAAGGUUAAGGAAUCCCUGUCUGAAAUGUCACUUGUAGGGACCAGACAUGUCAGGAGGAUGAAUUUUUGAUACUGUAACAGCUGGACCACUGCAAAAGCCAAGCUCUGGCUAGAAGCAUCUGUCUAGGCAGCUGCUGAGCAGCACUCUCCUCUCUGGUGUGUUGUGUGGGUUUGUUUUCUUUCAUUCCAUCCAGCUGUAUACAUGCUUGUAUUAAGUGCCUUCAUGAGCAACAUUCCUGUAGGGCUUUUUAAGAUCCAUUCAUCUCUUGACCCCUAAAGUUGUUAUUCCAUCCUUGUCUGUCCAGCUGGGUGAGAAGACACUGUCAUCUUUAAUAUCAUCAUUCUUUCUGGAACAUAGGUCUGUGCUGGUUUGAAGGCUUGUCUCUCUCUAAGCAUUUCUGCUCUGAUUAUGGAUUGUGACAUGAGACAGCAGGUAAUACCAACUAAGCAGAAGAUAUUUUGGAGCAACACAUUAAGAGUGGACUCUGAGGGGAAAACAAAUAGUGGUGUUACUGUAGUUUUAUGGAAACUACUUUUCUUCCUCUAUGGGAGAAGGAUGUCUAUGGAAGAGUAGACAGUUCUGGUGACAGGAUUUUUGGUAGGUAGCAUCUUGGCUGUGUUGCUAGUAACAGUGAUCCUGGCUCCUUUCAACCCAGUCACUGUGGAGCUGCCUCACUGUAGACCUGUUCUCUCAAGCCAGGAAGCCGAGGAACAGUUCAGUUUCUGCAUGUAGGGAGAGGAUGUGUUGAAGCUUUCUCGUUUUGGGGUAGAGGAGACCUGCACUGGCAGCUGAAUGUAUUGAACGUGCUCUGCAAGAAUUCACCUUGUUCCACAUGAGCCUGCAACUGUUUUAUUGUUCAGACUUGAGCUUCAGCUGAAAUAAGAUUUUGGUGGGGGUGGUUUCUGGGUUAUGUGGGUGGGGUUUUAUUGUUGGUGGUUUUUGUUUUAAACAUUUUGCACAUGUUGGUCAGCAGUAGUCUGAAGAGUCUGGCUGGAAGAGCCUGCAGCAACAACACAAGAGGCAGGGGUAGGGCCCAGAUGCAGAAGCAGAGGAAAGAGCCUUGUUCUAGCUAGUGACAUCUUCAGAUGUGUGUGCAGCAUGCACAGAUCAUACCUGUCCCUUUCUCCACAUGUGUGGCUGGCAGCUGGGGGAUGUUGGCUGAGUGAUACCAGUUCACUGUACGCUGCUGUGCUUUAUCUCUGAAGAAUGCACAGAUGGUGUGGUGCCUAAAGGUAGCAGGGUUGGGGGUCUCCCUUGAGAUCCCUGCCAUAUUUGGUGUGCCAUAUUUGUGCUCUUGAUUACGUGUCCCAGUUUAAGGUAGAGACCACAUCCCACUUCGUGUUCUUCGAUUUCCUCAAGUAGCACUUUCUAACUUUCUGUAACCAGCAGAUAAUUGAGGAGCAGCUGCACUUGCAAUGGGGCUGUGCAGAAAGAGUUUCUGACCUACUGAUUGUCCUUUGUUUUCUCUUUUAUCUGAGGAACAAUCCUUUAUAAGGAGGUAAAGAGGACACCUCUCUUGCUUCCUUCUUCUAACUGAACAAACUAAGAGGUUUCUGAUGACUUCCCUGGCCCUAAA